UGUUGCAAAUGGUGGAUUGCGUUACUUUUUCUCGUGCUCCGUCUAAAAUAUUUACGUAAAAUAGUGUUAAUCUUGUGGUGCAGUGUUUCUGACUCUCAGAAACAUGUCGGAAACACUGCCGAAUAACAAAAAACAAGUUCCAAGGCAACUGAGAGAAAGGAAACAGCGUAAGCUCUAUUCAGAUGAGUGGGCGCUGGGUGACGACGAGGCGGAGGGCGGGCGGGGCUUCUCGCUCGCUGACAAGUUGGAGAGUCCGCGCUUCGAGCAUGCUGGGGCUGUACUGGAGAUGAACGGUGCUGAACUCACAGUGGCCUACCUCCAGAAACAUGGCUUCACAACCCCAUUGCUUUUCAAAGAGAAACUUGGGUUGGGUUUAAGAGUGCCAACCAGCAACUUCACAGUUAACGAUGUGCGCAUGUGCGUCGGCUCGAGGCGGCUUCUCGACGUCAUGGAUGUUAACACACAGAAAAAUAUUGAAAUGACAAUGAAGGAUUGGCAGCGUUACUAUGACGACGAGAACAAGGAGAGGCUGCUGAAUGUAAUCUCGUUGGAGUUCUCACACACACGUCUCGAGAACUACGUCCAGGCGCCGCGUAUUGUGAGACUUAUUGACUGGGUGGAUACAGUCUGGCCGAGACAUUUGAAAGAUCAACAGACUGAAUCGACGAACGCUUUGGAUGAAAUGAUGUACCCGAAGGUCCAGAAGUAUUGUCUCAUGUCCGUCAAAGGUUGUUACACGGAUUUCCACAUCGACUUCGGCGGCACGUCAGUCUGGUACCACAUAUUGAGAGGAGCAAAAGUAUUCUGGCUUAUUCCACCCACUGAAAAGAAUCUCCAGCUGUACGAGAAGUGGGUGCUAUCCGGGAAGCAAUCGGACGUUUUCUUCGGUGACACGGUCGAAAAAUGUAUAAGAGUUCAUUUACAAGCCGGUUACACAUUCUUCAUACCGACCGGUUGGAUACACGCUGUAUACACACCGAGUGAUUCACUCGUCUUCGGAGGCAACUUCCUGCAUCAGUUCGGUAUUGAGAAACAGUUGAAGAUAGCUCAAGUCGAAGACGUCACUAAGGUGCCUCAGAAGUUUCGUUAUCCGUUUUUCACUGAGAUGCUGUGGUAUGUACUUGACCGGUACGUGAGCGCGCUUUUGGGGCGGUCGCACCUCGCUCAAGAGGGACAGCCCGCGCCCACGACGCCCACGACGCCCACGCCGCCCGCGCCGCCCAAGGAACAUGUUCAUCUCACGCAGAACGAACUUCACGGACUAAAAGCUAUAGUGGUAUAUCUUCAUCAGCUCCCAGCAGCCCGUAAGUCAGUGCCCGAACUGCUAACGGAUCCAAUAGCAUUGGUCCGUGAUGUCCGUACUCUAGUGGAACAGCACAGGCAUGAUAAACAACAGCUAGCCAUCACUGGUCUCCCAUUACUUAAAGGUCCAGACGAGCCGUUGUCCGGAGAGCGUCGUCAGUCAGGAGGUCGGGGAGGUCGUGGUGGUCAUCGUGGUGGUCCCGCGCGACCACGGCCCGACCACGCCGCCAACGCGCCACGUCGUAGGCGGACCAGAUGCAAGAAAUGUGAAGCCUGCCAGCGUACAGACUGUGGUGAUUGCGUGUUUUGUCAUGACAUGGUUAAGUUCGGUGGUUUGGGGCGAGCCAAACAGACUUGCAUCAUGAGACAGUGUUUACAGCCAAUGCUACCAGUGACAGCUUCCUGCGCCGUGUGUCAUCUGGACGGAUGGAUGCAGACACCUGUAGCACCGCAGGCUAAAGGCAAUUCAGGUCGUAACGGUCCAUCAGUCCUGCGGGAAUGCUCUGUUUGCUACAGCAUAGUUCAUCCAGCGUGUGUCCCUCCCGGAGGACAGCUCAACGAGGACCUGCCUAACUCAUGGGAGUGCCCCACAUGCACCACCAUGGGUCUCAACCACGACUAUAAGCCACGUCACUUCCGAGCCCGACAAAAAUCUUCAGACUUGCGUCGCAUGAGCGUUGGAUCGGAUGCCAGUCAGCUGAGUCAACAACAUAACACCACAACGGCACAGACAAAAUUACCAGCCCCACCUCCACCGGUGACUGUGAAGUCUGAGGCGGGAUCAGACAGUGAAAGCAAACCUGAAAGCACUAACGUUAAAUCAGAAGAAGAAAUAAAACGCGAAGAAGAUCCAUCAGAAGCACCCGAGGCGGAGGGAGUUGAGUGGGAGCCGACGGCGAAGAAACGGCGAGCCAGCGAUGAAGACGAGGCGCCUAAGAAACAAGCACUGAGAGCACAUCUGGCGCUGCAGCUGACACACCAUUCAGCUAAAGCUUUAAAGAAACCAAUAUAUCCUGUACGUCCGGCUCCUCUGAACGUGGCCAAUGUGAGCGGUGCGUGGCUGGAUCGAGGGGCGAUGCUGCGUGUCUUCGCUAAGCUCACGCCACACGAACUGGCUACAUGUGCCCUGGUCUGCAAGGCUUGGGCAGAGUAUUCAAUGGACCCAUCCCUAUGGCGAAGUAUGUCAUUCGUUCAGGUGCGAGUGUCGGCGGCGCAGUUGGCGGGCAUAGCAAGACGACAGCCGCUCAGUCUGGGACUCGAGUGGUGUCAUCUAGCGAGACGACAACUCGCCUGGUUAUUGGCUCGUCUACCAGCCUUACGGUCGUUAUCCUUGGCUGGUUCCCCGGCAGAGGCCGCUUUAGCUCUUCGCUCCAGUACAUGUCCGCCCUUGACAGCCCUGGAUUUAUCUUUCGCUAGAUGUUUAGAUGAUGCUAAAUUACGAGGAAUUCUAGCACCUCCUGAGAACUCUAGACCGGGAGGCGGAGCCAGGUCAGGAACCGAGCCUUCAAGGUUGGCAGCACUGGCUGUUCUACGUCUACCAGGAACUGACAUCACCGACGUUGCCAUGUUGUAUAUUGUACAGGCUCUUCCCAAGUUAUGCGAGCUGGAUGCUUCAUCCUGUGCCCGUCUAACAGACGCUGGCGCGGCUCAGCUCGCGCUGCACGGCUUGCAGCGACUUUCGCUGGCGGGCUGCAGGCUGCUAACAGAGGCCGCAUUGGACCAUCUCGCAAGAUGCCCUAACCUAGUUAGGCUGGACCUCCGACAUGUACCACUUGUGUCUACACAGGCUGUCAUCAAGUUCGCAGCCAAAGCUAAACAUAACCUCCAUGUUAAGGAUGUUAAGUUGGUGGAGUUGAGAACCUGAUCCGAGGACCAGCCCCAAGGGGCUGG